AUGGGGGGUCCAAUGCCAAAUAUACCUCUAUUCAUCCCUACUGUGCCAGCACAUGGGUUUCUAGGGGCAGGAACUCCUCCGUUAGUAGCUUCUAAUUUGGGGAUAAACAGAACUGAGUCUGAGCGUCGUUGUGAUCCGAGAGCCCCCAUACCUGUUGACCCCUCCAGUAGCCUCCCUGCUUUCCUCCUCGGUCCUUCACUCCGAACCAGCUUAACUCCAGCAACGACCCAGCAGAUCUCUGGCAACCAUCCCGCCGCCGCAACUCCAUCCCCACUGCUCCGGCCACCCUUGACGUCGAAGCAACCUCCGACCACACCAGGCAGCACCUUCAAACCCCUUGCUGCCGAGCACCACACCAGAACCUCUGUAGCAGUCUCCGCACAGCAGCUCCUCGGCCUUCCAGAACCACCAGAGCACUCGAGCUCUGCUCCGCCUCCAGCCACCGUGAGCACCAAUAGCGGCCACCAAUUCCAGCAGCACCUCUCUCGGCUACUUGCUCCUCAGAUUCCAUCGCCUCCGAGCUCUGCUCCGCCCCCAGCAGCCGGCCACAGCCACAGCCACCCACCGUUGGAAUUCUCUGCUACCAGCUUCUCAAGAACACCCAACUCCAGGCUCUACUACAACUAUCACCGCACCAGCAACUCCUCGCCUAAGCCCCACGCCUGCUGCUCUUCACCGUCUCUGUCCCAAACGCAGCAAGCCGCCACGCUGCUCUCCGCCAAGCUCGCGACUAGCCUCUGCUCCAGCCAUCGUCUUCGACAUCCCUCCGUCACGCCCACCGCCGCACACAUACCUCUGUAA